CCCCCUGGUGGUGGCCCAUGCAAAGAACAAAACUGAUGAUGAUGAUAUCGGGCGCGCUCGAAAGGGCAAAAAAGGUGCACACAGACAUGGCGGCGCAUGCCCUGGAGGCAAGGCUGUUGCAAAUAGCACUCACAUUAAACACAAAAUGAAAUUUGCAAAUUGCACGGGCACUACCAUAGGGAAAAACGAAGGCAAUGCCACUGGUUUUCCACAAGGCAACUUGGCCGCUGCGCAAGAUGGUGGACUCACGAAGUCGCAUGUCGUCACGUCGAACGGGACGACUGGCUUGGACAUCAUCGCAAACGAUGUCGGGUAUGUCUCGACUAUUCAGAUCGGCACGGUAGUGCCUGCCGUUUCGUUGCCUGUUGUGGAUACUGACGUUGUAAUCGGUAGUGGGAGUGCAGAUACGUGGGUUGGAGCAACGAACUGCAAGAAUGAUCAAUCUGGGCAACCAUGCAGCGCCAAACAUGUAACAUUGGGGACAAGGACGAGUUCUUCCCUCGCAAACACGGGAAAGACAUUCCAGGUGACUUACGGGGCAGGCGCCGUUGCCGGCCUCAUCAUUACCGACAACAUUGUCUUUGCAGGACUUCCACUCGACAAUCACACUUUUGGCGUAUCCACAAUCGAGACUGUGGAAUUCUCUGCGGAUAACAUUCCCUUCGAUGGCUUAGUCGGUCUCGCCCAAUCUACGUUAUCAAACCAACGUGUCUUGACUCCAGUUGAGUCCCUCGCCGAACAAGGCUCCAUUUCGGCUGCCAUCGCCAGUUUCAAAAUUCCACGACUUGCAGAUCAGAAGAACGAUGGUCAAGUAACAUUUGGUGGUCUUCCGCAGGGGUUGUUCGAUCCCACGACACUCGUCACAGUCAAUAAUGUUAAUCAACGAGGAUUCUGGGAGUCUGCAGUAGAUGCCUUCACCGUUAAUGGCCAGGACACUGGUUUGAGCGAACGAACCGCAAUCAUGGACACGGGUACUACUCUUAUUAUUGCACCUGCAGCUGAUGCGGCGGCGAUUCAUGCAGUGAUUCCGGGUGCCCAGAAAGCUGAUCAACUCGGCCAGGGCCUGUUCACUCUUCCCUGCACUACAAACGUCUCCGUUGCUUUGACAUUAGGGGUAAAUCAAAAUGACUUAACGGGCGAUUGCGUGUCAGGCAUUUCAGCUGGGACUGUAGGUGGCUCGCAGGAGUGGUUAGUUGGUGACGUGUUCCUAAAGAACGUCAUGUUCUCAACGGAUGUUGGGAAGAACACGCUGUCGUUUGCAAAGCUUGUUUGAGGGUAAUUUAAUCGUGCUCACGCUAUUCUUACAUGAACCGAUUAGACGGUGCAACUGCAUAUGUACAUGUAUUACAGCAAUGGAAAAUUGAAUUUGUCAAUCUGCUC